AUACUUAAAGUUCCCAGGGGAAGAAGAAUGUAUUCUGAGUGACACUUUCCUGAGAGAAAGGAGGAUUUCAGAAUCUGAAUCCUGAAGCUCCUUUCAACAUGGAUUCAAGAAGUCUUUCCCAUUUGGGUCCCAAAUACCUCUAUGUUAGUCUCUGGGAUUUUGAAGCAAGGACAGAGGAUGAAUUGAGCUUUCAAGCUGGGGAUCAUUUUUAUGUAACAGAGAAGAAGGAAGAUUGGUGGAAAGCCACGAAACUUGAUGCUGCUGGAAGGAGCUUGGGAGAAGGCUAUGUCCCUCACAAUUACUUAGCUGAAGAAGAGACAAUGGAGACUGAACCAUGGUUUUUUGGUCAGAUCUCUCGAUCAGAAGCUCUGCAUAGACUCCUUGCAGGAGAGAAUGGAACUGGUACCUUCCUCAUAAGGAUCAGUGAGAAGACAGGAGCAGACUAUGUUCUCUCAGUUCGGGACAACCAGAUUGUAAGACAUUACAAGAUCUGGAGGAAUGCUGAGGGAAGAUACCAUAUGAACUCCGCUGUAUCCUUCCCCAGUCUUGUUGGUCUAGUGCAGUAUCACAAAAGUAAGACACUGUCCCACGGCCUGAGGCUCACCACACCCUGCUGGAAGCAUGAGCCAAAACCAUUGCCUCAUUGGGAUGACUGGGAAAGACCCAAGGAAGAGUUUAUCCUGACCAGGAAGCUGGGCUCAGGAUACUUCGGGGAAGUCUUUGAAGGAUACUGGAAAGAGAAAGUCAAAGUGGCCAUUAAGGUCAUUGCCAAGGAUGACCUGAUGCAUCAGAACACCUUCUACUCAGAGAUUGAAGCCAUGAAGAAGCUGCGCCACAAACACAUUCUCUCUCUGUAUGCUAUCUCUUCCAUUGGGGAUCCUGUCUAUAUCAUUACUGAAUUGAUGCCCAAAGGAAACCUUCUGGAGCUCCUUAGAGACCCUGAAGGGGCAAAACUGCCCACCACAGAGCUUGUGGACAUAGCAUCUCAAAUAUCAGAGGGCAUGUGCUACCUUGAAUCACAGAACUAUAUUCACCGAGACCUGGCUGCCAGAAACAUCCUUGUGGGGGAAAAUAACAUCUGCAAAGUGGGAGACUUUGGGCUGGCUCGACUUAUCAAGGAUGAUGUUUAUCUUUCCUAUGCACAUAACAUCCCCUACAAAUGGACAGCGCCAGAAGCCCUCUCCUAUGGAUAUUAUUCAAUCAAAUCUGAUGUCUGGUCCUUUGGAAUUCUUCUCUAUGAAAUUUUCAGUGGUGGACAGAUACCUUAUCCAGGAAUGUCCAAUAAUGAAACUCACAUGAAAGUCUUGGGUGGCUUUCGGAUGCUCCGCCCCACAAAGUGCCCACUUUCCAUCUAUGACCUCAUGUAUAAAUGCUGGAAUCUGACUCCUGGAGAAAGACCAUGCUUCAAAAGCCUCAAAGAAAAACUCAUUAGCUUCACUAAUUAUGAAAACCCACUCUGAGCCAAGAACCCACCUGAAAAGCACGUUUCCUUAUUUACCACCAAACUCCUCUCCCUGGUACUCUGUGACAGCAAGUUCAAAGGUUUGUUCCCCAAGAAUAAUGAACCUUAGGCAUGUAGAAGUGCCAUGGGGACUGUUUCUGAAGGCAACGUGACCCACUUAAAAGAAUGUUGCUAGACCUUGAGGCAGAAGAUCUGAAUUUGAAUCUGGGCUCCAACACUCACUAGUUGCACAGACUUCCAAGAACUAUUCUGUUUCUCUGGGUCUCAGUUUUUUCUCUGUAAAAUGGGAAUAAUGCUCAUGCUACCUCUCUCAUAGAGCUAUUGUGAAGAAAUCAUCUUUUAAACCUUAAAGCUCUGUGAAAAUGUUAGCUGCUGUGUUUGCUGCUGCUCCUUGCUCCAGUACAAAACAGAAGAUCACUUGAAGUGUACAAAUGCACUGGGGUCAGAGCAUAGCUGACCAUCAAACAUGCCAGAAGGCAAAAAUAGUUGAUUUGUUUCUAUUUCAUUUACUAAAACUUUGCUGUUAAAAAAUAAGUAAAUUUCAUUUACAAUGAAACAUUAAGAGUUCCUGGACUCUUCUCCAGGUAGGCUCUUAAGCUCCAGGGGAGACUUCUGAGAACUUCAGAAAAUGGAAGUUCAAGUUUUCUGAGGUUUUCAGUGCCUCUGGUUAAAACUUAUUUAGAAGCCAUGCAGUGCAGUGAAAAUUGUUUGAUUAGUGCUAAAGGGGCUCUCAUCUUGAGCAAGUCACCUAUUCUUUCCAGACUUCAAUUUCCUCACUUGUCAAAGAAGGGUUUGAUGUGAUGACUAAGUCCUUUCUUGCUAAGUUGUAAUUGUGCCAUACCACAUCACUCACUCAUAUGUGGAAGGGAAAAACUGAUCCUCGGGAGGCAAUCUUAGGAUAAAAUAAUAAAGCUGUGCAAUGAGGAGAGGAGAAGGGGUCUUAAUUCUAUAUCACAAGGACUUAAAAAAAAGAAAAACUAUCAUCUAAAAUUACAAUUUAGGCUGUGUCCAAUUCAGGCUUUGGCAGAGCUAGAGUCUGGUCUAAAAGCUGAUAUUUAAUGAAAACUCCCAGCAACCUUCCUAUCAAGUCCUGUUUCCAGCCCUGGCUCUCACUUCCAAAAAACUUGGUUGUCUGUUGAUAUGCCAGAGAACUAUUUGGGAAGAUAAUUUUUCUUCUUUGUCAUGUGAUUUGUAAACAUUGUAGUUCACAAGUUAAUAAUCUCCUGCCUCUCCAUUUUCCUAUGUGUGUGUGUGUGUGUGUCUGUGUGUAGAAUAAAACUGUUGGAAGAAGGAAUGAGGAAAAGUAACCUGAAUUUGGAGAACA